AUGCCUGCGCUUACCGGAUUUCCUGCUCUCUUCAGCGUCAUUUUCUUCUUUUUAUUAUAUUGGAACUCGCCUGCCUGUUCGGUGGUCCAGGCUGACGUGACGGUGACGAGGCUGGUGAAUCGCGUGCUGGUGUACGGACUCGAGAGCGGGCUGCCCAUGCUCUUCGACUGCGACGGCAGGGGCACCGAGAUCUACCCCACUGUGUUUGCGCUGUGGCUUGUGCCGGACCUGCUUCCGUCCUUCCUGCUCAAGGGUGGGGAGGUGUCUCGCUACGUGCUGUCAGGGGCUGACCUUAUGGCGCCAGGCGUGCAGGUGAGAGUGAGGCGUGCAGGGGCUGACCUCAUGGCACCGGGCGUGCAGGUGCCCGCGGAAGGCCUGCCAGCAUUUCGACCAGGGGAGGUGUGGUCUGUGAAGGUGGGCAUAACGAUGGUGGGCAGUGCGGAUGCUGUGGGAGCCGGCAUGAGAGGGAAGCUCCUCCGAAUCACCCACUACUACCGUGACUCGCUCUGGGAGACGGCAGAGGGUUCCUAUGUGCCCAACAAGGGCUUCUUGCCGGGCCUGGCUGGUCGUGCCUGUCUGUGCGCUGCUUGUUCUCCUGCUCUCAUGCUCAACGCUUGUGCAAUCCCUUUCUCUUCCGCACCAACCCACGCCCACAGGGAGACAGCAGAGCGCUCGGAGACAGCAGAGGGCUCGUACGUGCCCAACAGGGGAUUCCUGCCGGACCUGGUGGUGCCCAAUUCUGAUGCCACGCCUGCUCUUCUCCUCCAAAUGGACCACCACCACUUGACGCUCCGUUCCCUCCCCACUUCCCCACCGGAGACAUCAGAGGGCUCGUACGUCCCCAACAAGGGCUUCCUGCCGGACCUGGUUGUGCCCGACCCUGAUGCCGAGCCUGUUCCGUCAGAUGGAGCAGCACCUGAAGAUUCACCUGGUGGCGGCUUGGGUGUUGCUGGGGCUGGCGAGGGGGAAGGGGAGGCGGGGCAGGGUGAGGGGAGGGGUGAUGAGGGGGGAGAGGCAGGUGCGGUCAUGGAGGAGGGAGCAGCAGCAGCAGCUUCAUCAGAGCAGCUGUCAGAAUCUCCGCAGCAUCUAGGCAUGCAUGACACUGCUGCUGCUGCUGCUGCUAGUGCUGAUACUGCGGUUGGGGGCAGCGAGGGGGAUCAAAGAGCAGCAGCAGCUGCUGCAGAGGAAACUGCAGAAUCAGCAGCAGCAAUGGCAUUGACACCGGCACAGAUGGAUGAGUUGUUGGAUCGCUCUCUGCUGCAGGCCCUCUCCGUCUCUGUCAAGCCCGCCCACCUGCCGCUGGGAGCUAGCACCCUUUGGUCCAAUCACGUGCUGCCAUGUCGGCCGCCCGGCACAACAGUGGACAUCAAGAAGUCGUCUCACAAGAAGCUGAGCAAGUGGCUGCAUGCCAAGGCCGUUGAUGGGCUGAUCAGCGGCAAGGAGGACAAGCACCGAAAGGAGUUCAUAAUGUCUGCUAUCAACUACCGCCACCCGACCCUCAUCGCCUUCUUGCCAGACAAGACAAACAAGCCCGCCCAGACCCCUGCUGCUGCAACCCUUGACGCAUCCCCAGCCGCACCUGGAGCACCGACCACCACCACCGCCACCACCACCACAACCACCAGCAGCGGUAGCGGCAGCAGCAGCAGUGGAGGGGGUCUGACAGUAGAGGAGGUAUUCAAACCCACCCACCACGUGUCAGCCAUUUUCGAAGCCGUCGGUCUCGACCCACACGCCUACUACUCCCCCUCGGCUGCCCGCGAGGCUGCUCUCAACUACAUCUCUCUCCACUCCCUCACAAAGCCCUCCGACCCCUCUAUAGUCAUCCUCGAUGCACCGCUCUGCGAUGCACUGUACAAAGGCGCGAUAAAAAAGGGCGCGGCGUACCCCACGGAAUGCCACAAGCGGGACGUGGGUCCCACAUUAGUUCGCCGCAUGCAGGCGCAUCACAGGGUGGAGCGGGCGGGCAAGAGUGUGGUGCGCAAGGGAGGGUUGGUGCCGGUGCAGAUUCUGGUGGAGAGGCGGCAGGGCAACAAGAAGGUGACGCGCGUGUCGGGGCUGGAGGCUUAUCUGGUGGAGGCUGAGCCUCUCGCUGCUGAGCUGCAGAGGAAGUUUGCUUCGAGCACGUCAGUGGCUGAAGUCCCAGGUGAGCGGGUACUGGGUGGGUGGGGCCAACAGGUGCAGGGGGCAACAGGGGUCACAGGCACCGAGUGGCUUAUCUGGUGGAGGCUGACCUGCUCGCUGCUGAGCUGCAGAGGAAUUUCGCUUCGAGCACUUCUGUGGCUGAAGUGCCAGGUGGGUUUAGUUGGGGUGCAACAGGUGCUGGGUCGAUGGGGGGUGGCACAUACCGGGGCUGAUGGGUGGGCUAACUGGUUGGCUUAUCUGGUGGAGGCUGAGGCGCUCGCUGCUGAGCUGCAGAGAAAGUUUGCUUCGAGCACGGGUGUGUCAGGCAAGAAGGGGCAGCAGGAGGUGCGGAUUCAGGGAGGGGUGUUGUAUGUUCAUCUUCUACCCUUCCCCUCCAAUGCCCUCGCUUUCUCUCUCUACCCUCCCUUUUCAUCCAUGCAUGCGUACACACGAAUCAGGCAAGAAGGGGCAGCAGGAGGUGCUGAUUCAGGGAGGGGUUCUGGAUGA